AUGAGUACCAUUAAAUCAAUUAAAGCAAGAGAAAUUUUAGAUUCUAGAGGAAAUCCAACAUUAGAGGUAGAGUUAUUUACAAACAAAGGACAAACCUUUAUUGCAAAGGUACCAAGUGGUGCUUCAACAGGUAUUAAUGAGGCAUUCGAACUAAGAGAUGGUGAUAAAAGUCGUUAUUUGGGUAAAGGUGUUUUAAAUGCUGUAAGAAAUGUUGAGGAUAUUAUUUCAAAGGCACUAUUUGGUAAAGAUGUUUUAAAUCAAGUCGAAAUCGACAAUACCAUGAUAAAAUUGGAUGGAACUAAAAAUAAAUCGAAAUUGGGUGCAAAUGCAAUAGUUGGGGUUUCCAUGGCUGUUGCUAGAGCUGCUGCUUGUGAAAAAGGAGUUCCACUUUAUAGAUACAUUUCAGAGUUGGCUGGUACAAACAUUCGUUUACCAGUACCAUGUUUUAAUGUUAUUAAUGGUGGCAAGCAUGCAGGUAAUCCAUUACCAAUUCAAGAGUUUAUGUUGGUUCCAUUAGGUGCACCAAGUUUUGCAGAAGCUCUAAGAUAUGGCUCAGAGAUUUACCAUGUAUUAAAAGAGGUAAUUUCAAAACGUUAUGGUUUAGACGCAACAAAUGUCGGUGAUGAGGGUGGUUUUGCUCCUCCAAUAUUGGAUAUUAAAGAUGCUUUUGAUAUUUUAGUAAAUGCAAUUGACUUGGCUGGAUAUACCGGUAAAGUAAAGAUUGGUUUUGACUCUGCCGCAUCGGAAUUUUUGGAUCAAAAGACAAAUAACUAUGACUUGGAUUUCAAAAAGAAAGCAGCCGGUACCGGUAAAUCAUCAUUAGUAACGCCUGAUGCUUUAGCAGAUAUGUAUAGUAAAUUUAUUGAACAAUACCCAAUUGUUUUUAUUGAGGAUCCAUUUGGUGAAGAGGAUUGGAGUAGCUUUAAAAAGUUUACUUCAGUUUCAAGAGUUCCAAUUAUAGGUGAUGAUUUGUUGUGCACCAACCCAGAGAGAAUUAAAAGAGCAAUUAAAGAAAAAACAUGCAACUCAUUAUUAUUAAAGAUCAAUCAAAUUGGUACUCUCUCUGAAACAAUAGAAGCUGCAAAUUUAGCAAAAGGUGCAGGAUGGGGAUGCUUGGUUUCCCAUAGAUCAGGUGAAACUGAUGAUUCAUUCAUUGCCGAUUUGGUUGUUGGCUUAGGUACUGGUCAAAUCAAAAGUGGUGCUCCAUGCAGAUUUGAAAGACUUGCAAAGUAUAAUCGAUUAAUGAAAAUUGAAGAAACAGAAAUUUUAUCAAAUGGAAAUAAAAUAAAAUUUGCUGGUAAAGAAUUUAGUCAUUUUUAGAAAACUAUAAAAAAACUAUAAAUAAAAAAAAAAGAAUUAUAAUUAUUUGUAUCUAU